GGUCACUUGUCUAUAGUAUAACGACUUGGCCAUAGCUCUCUACACAUUAUGAAACAAUCAAGAGAGGUAGCCCAAGGCGAAGUGUAGCAAUGUCGUCAUCAUCAGACGCAGACACCGACAAAAAGGUGAUCGUACCUGUAGAAAACCUGAGAGCGUUCACUGAGCGGGUCAUCGUCAAAGCCGGUGCCAAACCCGCUCACGCCGAGGCCCUGGCCGAGCUCAUAGUGGCGGCUGAUCACAGGGGACACUUCAGUCACGGGUUGAACAGACUCGAUUACUACGCAGACGGCAUCGCCAGAGGACUAAAUGCUUCAGACAAGGAACCAGAGAUAACAAAACAAGGACCGUCAACAGCCUUAGUAAAUGGAAAUAACUGUUUAGGUCCUGUGGUCGGUAAAAUGUGCAUUGACUUGGCUAUUGAGAAAGCAAAAUCGACCGGCGUUGGAUGGGUAUGUGCAACAGGAUCCAAUCACUUUGGUAUCUCCGGCUGGUACAGCAUUCGGGCGAUGGAACAAGAUAUGAUUGGUAUGGCGUUUUGUAAUUCUUCUCCAACAAUGGUUCAUCCGAGAGGAAAGAAGAGGCUUCUGGGCACGAAUCCGAUCUGUGUUGCUGCCAAGGGAGAGGGGGACGAUGAAUUUGUCUUGGAUAUGGCAACGACUACUGUAGCCUUAGGGAAAGUAGAAGUCAAACAUAAACUUGGAGAGCAGAUCCCAAUGGGAUGGGGAGUGGAUGCAGACGGAAAGCCAAGCACGGACACUGGCUGUAUUCUUCAGUCCGGUGGGCUACACCCUCUUGGGGGCAAAGAAGAAACCAGUGGCUAUAAAGGCUUUGGACUUGGUAUGAUGGUAGAACUGUUUUGUGGCGUACUGAGUGGUUCAAAGUUUGGUACACAGCUCGGGAAAUGGACGGAUGCAGGUUUUGACAGCAUGGCUAAUUUGGGUCAGUGUUUUGUAGCUAUCGACCCCACUGCUUUUGCUCCUGGUUUCCAAGGUCGUCUGUCGGAACUCAUUCGCCAAAUCAAAACUUCAGAGCCGGGUGAAGGUCAUAGUGAGCUGCUAGUGUCUGGAGACCCAGAGAGAGCCCAUAUCCAAUUAUGUCAGGGUCUUGGAGGAAUCCCAUACCACAGAAGCCAGAUCGAAUUUGCGGAUGGUCUGGCAGACAAGUACGCCGUGAGUCGACUCAUGACAGCUUGAAACUAUCUAUCAAUCAACAGCGUGGUAAAUAUAGGGGUUAAGAUAUCCAUUUUAAUUUACCUAAAUGCUUUUUAGGAUAAAGACACGAUUUGUCAGAUUUUUACAUAGAGAAAUUAAUGUGACACGAACCCUAAAGCUCACUGAUUCAAUAUUUUGAAAUUUUCACAAGUUAAGACACAGGUAGAAAGUUUGUAUGUCCCGUGAGAGG